AUGCUUACACUUGGAAUUGAACAGUCAGUGGUGUUUAGAAACGACUCAUUACCCUUGUCACAAUAUUCCAAAGUCCUUUCAAACACAAAGUCUCAUCUCUCCAAGACCCAAAAUCUAACUCUACCCAAAACACAAAGUCUCAACUCUAUUCAAGACACAAAGUCUAUCCAAGACACAAAGUCUCAACUCUAUCCAAGACCCAAAGUAUCAACUUUACCAGAGACCCAAAGUCUCCACUCUAUCCGAGACGCCAAGUCUCCACUCUAUCCAAGACCCAAAGUCCCAACUCUAUCCAAGAACCAAAGUCUCAACUCUACCCGAGACACAAAGUCUCAACUCUAUCCAAGACCNGCACAGAAAAAGUGA